AUGUCGUCUGAAUGGAGCGGUUGCUUCCAUGAAAACAAACUUGCUGAAUGUAUCGCUGAUCUGUUCUAUGAGCCACCUGACUAUGAUGAAUUGUGCUUCUACUGCGUUGAAGGAACAUGCUGCCCAAACCACGAAAUCCCACAACCGCGGCACCAGAAAGAAGGAACUAAUGCGGUAUCGAUAGAUUACGUGUUAAAUGAAAUUUUCGGCUUGCAGAACGAUUCUUGGCAAUAUGCAAAUUACAAAAUAGAAGUUAGCGAGGAGAAGAAAGCUGCAGCAAAGAAUCAGCAGAAAUUUGCUGAAAAGCGAUCAGUCAGUAACGAUCAUAUAACUGAACGGCAUGUCCUCGUUACUUUUCCUUUGCUUCCUUCUGCAAUACCGUUUUCACACUUGCUUGAUGGCGAAGAAAGCCGAUUUCCUAAGGAUUUUUAUGAUGUUGCUCGGAUGCAUGCAUACCUGAGUGCAUAG